AUCUCAUCGUUUAUUCUGAUCCGUCGGUCUCGCUACUUCAUUGAUUAAGAUCGCUAUUCCAUCAUCAUCUUCUCCGUCUCUCUAACUUAGACCGCCGUCAAAAAUACCACAAGAAAUGACAGCUACGCCACCCCCAUUUCCAUCCCCGCCGCCCACCAAUCCCAAUUCCGCGGGAAUGGUCAUCCUCGCUACCUCCAGCGUCAUCCUCCUCCUCCUAACCCCCCUAACCUACCUCCCCCAAUACCACCGCAUCCUCUCCACCCGCUGCAGCACCGGCCUCUCCCUCCCCUACCUCCUCUGCCCCAGCAUCGCCGCCACCUCCCACCUCACCGCUAUCCUCUCCCUCUCCUUCAACGGCCUCGCGGGGGACCCUGACGCGCACACCUCUCUGCCCCUCCUCUCCUACCUCAACAUCGCCCAGUUCGCUAUUGAAUGGACAUGCUCCUCCGCACUGUGAGUCCCCACAUUUCUACAAAUUUUCCACGCGACAGAGACCGCCCAUGCGUCCGUGCACACUCGAUUUACCACUGCGUGGGGUGGGUGCCUCAAGGGGAGCUUUCCAAACGUCAAACUCCAAUGCCAGGAUUGAU